UAAUCUUGACCAAUACUUACCUUCCAACUUCUCCGCAUCUUCAAAACCAUCAUCUCCAAACCAUCAUCUCCAUCUAUCAACAGUUCGGCUCUUCAACACCACCGAAUCACUUCAGAAACCAUUUCGCUACCUACGCCCCCGCGCUUCGUCUUUUCUGCAACGUUCAGCGUCUGUCCUCUUCCGCGUUGUCAUAUCACACCAUCCGGAUAUAGCAUCGCCUUCGUCCUACCUUUUUUUUGAGGUGUCCAUAUUUGCGCGCAUCGCCGCUCGCAAUUCGUCGACUAGCCUACUACCCUCAUCGCAUUGCAACCAUGUCGCUCUGUUUGAAUCGUCUGACUGAGGAAAGGAAGCAAUGGCGAAAAGAUCAUCCUUUCGCCUUUUAUGCCAAGCCUCAUCGUACGGCCCAGGGUGUUUUGGAUAUGAAACGAUGGGAAUGUGGCAUUCCCGGGAAAAAAGGGACAAUCUGGGAAGGUGGACUUUUCAAAUUGGACGUCACUUUUCCUGAUGAGUACCCUACCAAGCCACCCAAAUGCAAGUUCGUGCCAGCUCUGUUUCAUCCUAACGUCUACCCGUCUGGGACUGUUUGUCUGUCAAUCUUGAAUGAAGACGAAGCGUGGAAGCCGGCAAUCACGAUUAAACAAAUCCUUCUUGGUAUCCAAGACUUGCUCGACGACCCAAAUCCCGAGUCUCCAGCGCAGGCGGAAGCAUAUAAUAUGUACAAGAAAGACAGAGCUGCUUAUGAGAAGCGAGUGAAGCAGGUUGUCAAGGAAAACCCCGCUUUAUAA